AUGGCUGGCCCGCAGCAGCAGCCCCCUUACCUGCACCUGGCCGAGCUGACAGCGUCCCAGUUCCUGGAGAUCUGGAAGCACUUCGACGCAGACGUGCUAACCUGUCUGUCUCAGGGUGCUUUUGAUGACUCCAUUGGGAUAUCAAAGAGUGACAACUUUGGGGAGAAGAUGAAGGAGUUCAUGCAGAAAUAUGAUAAGAACUCGGAUGGGAAAAUCGAGAUGGCAGAGCUGGCGCAGAUCCUGCCAACUGAAGAGAAUUUCCUCCUAUGCUUCAGGCAGCACGUGGGCUCCAGCGCGGAGUUUAUGGAGGCUUGGCGGAAGUAUGACACAGACAGGAGUGGCUACAUCGAAGCCAAUGAGCUCAAGGGAUUCCUGUCCGACCUGCUGAAGAAGGCGAACCGGCCAUACGAUGAGCCCAAGCUCCAGGAGUACACCCAGACCAUACUACGGAUGUUUGACUUGAAUGGGGACGGCAAGUUGGGCCUCUCAGAGAUGUCCCGACUCCUGCCCGUUCAGGAGAACUUCCUGCUGAAAUUCCAGGGCAUGAAGCUGACCUCAGAGGAGUUCAACGCGAUCUUCACAUUUUAUGACAAGGACGGAAGCGGCUACAUUGAUGAGCACGAGCUGGACGCCCUGCUGAAGGAUCUGUAUGAGAAGAACAAGAAGGAAAUGAACAUCCAGCAGCUCACCAGCUACAGAAAGAGCGUCAUGUCCUUGGCCGAGGCGGGGAAGCUCUACCGCAAGGACCUGGAGAUCGUGCUGUGCAGCGAGCCCCCUGUGUAAAGUGAGGACACAGGGGCUGCAUCCCCACCUCCCCCACACCCUGCCCCUGCUGCCCUGACACUUCUACCCGGACCCAGAGCUCAUGAGCACCCCUGCCCUGCCCCUGCACCCCACACCCCAGGAAUGGAGAGCUUGAGGACGGGCCAGUGGGGCCUCCCGGGAGCCUCUGCACUCAGUCCUGCCCGGGCAGAUGCUCUGCCUGCUGUGGUCACCACCUGCUCAGAAGUGUUGGGGCAGAGGGGGGAGGGCCCCGGCUCUCUCUGCUGUGAUGCAUGGUUUCCUUCGCUGUAUGAUUUCGGCUUCUGUGUCCAACGGAGUGGACUCUUUCCUCUAGCUCCCCUCUGCCUUCCACUCGUGCUGCCGCUCACCCCCAAAGUCCAAGUUCCAUCUGCCACCUGCUAAUGGAGUAGCUGUCUUCUUCAGCCUUUUCUCGCCUCUGUGCUCUGCGUGCGCCUUUUCUCUUUGGG